GCCACGCUGGCGAGCGCGCUGGAGCUGGAGGGCACGGUGCUGCGCGAGGGCCGCCUCACGCAGUUCGUGGCCAACAACCUGGAGCGGCGCAUCCGGCUGAGCGGCGCCCCGCGCGGCGAGGCGGCGGCGGCGGCGGCGGCGCAGGCCGGGCCCAUCCCCGCCAUCGACCCGGGCGCGCUGCACGACGUGGUGGCGCUGGCCGGGCAGGUGGCGGCGCAGGUGGACGAGCUGCUGCGCAACGUGCACGGCGGCCUGCAGGCGCUCACGGCGCUCAGCGUGGGCUGCAUCCAGACCUACCGCGACGGCGUGGAGAGCCUGGGCGAGGCGGCCGACCUGGGCAUCCGCGCCAUGUACGCGCUCGUGGCGCGCUGCGAGGAGCUCGACCGCGCCAUGCAGCCCGUGCCCGCCCUGGCGCGCCGCAUCCGCGACAUGAAGGGCGCCCUCGAGUGCCUCGAGGGGCUCUGCAAGUAGCCGCGGGCCUCGGCCUCCUCGCCCCGCCGUGGGGCCGGGCGGCGCGGCGCCCAAACGCGGCCCCACGGCCUGGAGCUGCCUGGGGGGUGUUGGGGUGCCCUCGCGUUGCCCCGUGUGCCCCUCGGCCGCGGAGCUGG